AUGUACGGGGCCAACAAGUCCACCUGCAGCAGCAGCAGCAAACGCAGCAGCACCAGCAGCAGGUGCGGGAGCAGCAGCAGCAGCAGCAGCAGCACGUCCAGCAGCAGCAGCAGCCAGCUGCUGCUCAAGCAGCAGCCGCAGAUGCAGCAACAGCAGCAACAGCAGCCGCUGGUGCAGCAACAGCAGCAACAGCAGCCGCAGGUGCAGCAACAGCAGCAACAGCAGCAGCAGCAGCAGCAGCAGCAGCAGCAGCAGCAGCAGUAA